AUGAGUGUUUUUGAAGCAGUCGUGGAAAAAGUCAUCAUGUCCCUGGUAGCGCAAGCAUUUGAGUCGAGCAAGAUCGUACCCGAUGUCAUCCCGACACCGCCAACCGACACCAUCGAGUUGAAAUACCCGAGCGGUGCAAUCGCGUCUCAGGGCAAUGAGCUGACUCCCACGCAGGUGAAGGAGCAGCCCAGCGUCUCCUUCAACGCUGACCCCAACUCCUUCUACACACUCGUCUUCACUGACCCCGACAACUAUGACGGUCCUGAGCCCGUCUACCGCGAGUGGCACCACUGGCUGGUGGUGAACAUCCCCGGCAGUGAUGUCAGCAAGGGCGAGGUCCUGUCCGGCUACAUCGGCUCCGGCCCCCCAGCAGGCACUGGCAUCCAUAGAUACGUGUACAUUGCGUACAAACAGCCAGGCAAGCUGGAGUUUGAUGAAAAGAGGCUGACUAACAAGUCCAUUGACGGUCGCGCCGCCUUCUCCACGAAGAAGUUUGCGGAGAAGUACAACCUAGGAGCGCCUGUAGCGGGCAACUUCUACCGCGCGCAGUUCGACGACUACGUGCCGCUGCUAUACAAGAGUCUAGGCGUUUAGAGUUAUUUAUUAUUGCUAUGUUAUAUUAUAAUUAAAUGUUUUGUUAA